GAAAUCACUUUACGCCAGCGGUAAAGCAAUGGGCUAGCUGACAAUAAUGAUUUGAGAUAACCGGGCACUGUAACGUAACUUUCCUGAACUUUGUCUGUUUUGAGGCUGUUAACUCCACGUCCACUUUAAUAUCUACAAAUAACUAACAUCACACUGACAGCCGCCUGUAAGUAUCCAUUUUUAUCUGUAUUCAGCGUCUGUCUGUGAGCCAGUGGAGAGGUAUUGCUUUUAGCCAGUCAUUGCUAUGGCCUCCGACAGCGGCGAAAGCAACAUGGAUCGAGAAAUGAUCCUGGCCGACUUUCAGGCUUGCACUGGAAUCGACAACAUCGCGGAGGCAAUCACUCUGUUAGAGCUUAAUAACUGGGAUUUAGUGGCAGCCAUCAAUGGAGUGAUACCACAGGAGAAUGGGAUCUUACAAAGUGACUUUACCAGCGAGGCGAGCCAGGCCACCAUGUACGGACCCCCCAGCCACUCAGAAGCAGCCGACGCAGCAGCAAGAAGUGCAGGUCCACCCCCUUCCUCGUCAUCUUCCUCCUCCUCUCCUCCAUCGUCCUCCACUUCAGCAUUUUGUCCCAUCAGCCCUUCUACCCGACACAUUGUAGAGCGCCAACCUCGUAUGAUAAACUUCAGGGUGGAGUACAGGCAAAGAUCAGUGGAGCUUGUCCUCGAGGAGAGCCGCACAGUUGGAGAAAUUAAAGGAAUCCUCCAGACAGAACUCGGCAUUCCAGCGUCCAAAAUGCAUCUGAAGGGAUGGAAGAGUGGAGACGUGUCAGAUACUACGGUGCUGAGAAGUUUACACCUUCCCAAGAACAACAGCCUGUACGUCCUGACUCCAGACAUCGCCCCUACUGCCAGCACCAGCAAAAACAGUGCACUUCAAGAUUCGCUAAAUCAGAACUUCCUGCUGGUCAUCAGCCACCGUGAGGCUCAGAGGGACUACAGCCUCAAUUUUCCCGGCUCCAAAACUAUACAAGAGGUCAAGAGGAACAUUUCAGACUUGACCAACAUCCCAGUCAGGCAUCAGCAGUGGGAGGGAUGGCCUGCGUCGGCGUCCGAUGAUUCUAUGACAUUAGCCCUGUCUGGAAUCAGCUACCCAUGCCAUCACCUCAGUGUUUGUCGAAGAUCUUCACCAGCCAACGCCCAGGAACCCACAGAAGAAUGCACAGAUGUUCAUAUGAUCAGUGACAGCGAGGGGGACGAUUUUGAAGAUGCGUCAGAGUUUGGUGUGGAUGAUUCGGAAAUGUUUGGAAUGGGCACAACAGGCUGUCGGAAAUCACCUAUGAUGCCAGAAAACAGUGAGAACGAAGCGGAUGCCUUACUUCACUUUACUGCCGAAUUUUCUUCAAGAUAUGGAGAGACCCACCCAAUGUUCUAUAUUGGGUCUUUGGAGGCAGCGUCUCAAGAGGCCUUCUACGGCAAAGCCCGAGAUAGAAAGCUGUUGGCCAUCUACCUCCACAAUGACGACAGCGUCCUCAGCAACGUCUUUUGUUCCCAAAUGAUGUGUGCCGACUCUAUCGUCUCCUACCUGAGCCAGAACUUCAUCACAUGGGCCUGGGAUGUCACUAAAGAAGCUAACAAAGCCAGACUUCUCACCAUGUGUACGAGGCACUUUGGCAGCGUGGUAACACAGACUAUACGGACAUACAAGACAGACCAGUUCCCCCUGCUCCUUAUAGUUAUGGGCAAGCGCACAUCCAACGAAGUUCUAAAUGUUAUUCAAGGCAACACAACGGUGGACGAGCUGAUGAUGAGGUUAAUGGGAGCGAUGGAGAUUUUCACAGCACAACAGCAAGAAGACAUCAAAGAUGAGGACGAGCGCGAGGCCAGGGAGAUGGUGAAGAGGGAACAGGAUGAAGCCUAUCGCUUGUCCUUAGAGGCUGACAGAAAGAAGAGAGAAGCCCAGGAAAGAGAAGAAGCGGAACAAGUCCGUCUGGAACAGAUGAGAAAAGAGCAGGAGGAGGAGAAGGAGGCAAUUCGUUUGUCGUUGGAGCAGACUUUACCGCCCGAGCCCGAUGAGGAGUCAGUAGAACAAAUCAGCAAACUGAGAAUCCGCACGCCGAGCGGCGAGUUUCUGGAAAGGCGUUUCCUGGGCAGCUGUCGGCUCCAGGUCCUCUUUGACUUUGUGGCCUCCAAAGGAUUUCCCUUCGAAGGAUUCAAGAUCCUCACCACCUUCCCUCGUAGAAAUAUCACCCAGUUGGAUCCCGGGUCAACUCUGCUGGAGGCCAAGUUGUUUCCUCAGGAGACGCUCUUCCUGGAGGCUAAGGAAUAGGAGCGGACCCUCUGAAUGCUGAGAGAACCCGCUCACUGACUAAUGAACUGGCUGGACGCACACUAGUCGCAGAGCGUGGCCCCCUCCUCCUCACAGUCUGGGCUGACCAUUCAAACACACAUAUGCUACCAUCUCUCAGACUACCAUACACUGGCAUGCACAUCCAGUGACACACACACGCCCACACACACACGCAAACACACACGUUCAAAUAAGCUGUUCUGCCCACGGCCUGUUUUGUGGUACAUGGAAGUCUGGUGUUGCACAGAGAAGAAAGGACAAUGUCACAAGCACACAGCCAAAUUUUCACCUUCCCCGAAUCUCUGUCCAUCUUCCUCAAUUGUUCACACACCUGACAACUUCACAACUCCAAACUGCUGUGUCAUGGUUCUCUCUCACAACACAAAGAACAAUAACAGUGCUGAGAGACUAAGUAGACAAAUCUUUGUCACAGAAAAAAAAGAGAAUAAAUAAAAAUUAAGGACUUCUUCCCCUGUUUCCUCAUUUGACACACCAAGGCCGCUUUUUUUUUUUUAGGUUUUUGUGUUUGAAAUACAACUGAAAUGCUAAGAUUGUAAUAAAAUGAAUAUCACAACUAAAUGUUGCCCUCUGAAGGUUGGGGUGCCUCAUCUCCACCUGUAUUUUACCCCAUUAGCCUAACUCCAUGUUUUGGCCUCUGCAGGGACGGGACUCGAUGUCUCUCUCUGCUUCCUCGGGUUUUAACAGGCACUGCUCCACACGCCAGGUUGAUUCAGUUUUCUUUUUUUUCUCCUUAGUUUUAAUUUUUUCUGACAUUUUUCAGUUUGAUGCUGUAUUAGUUUUAGUUUGAUAUACAUUAUAUAAAAUCUAUGAAUACAAACA